GAGAUUACUUUAACUUCUGCAUCCUGCAGGUAUUUAAAAAAAAAUAUGGAGGUCAAAGUUCAAGAAGAAAUGAGGUGUGGCUGGAUACAAACUGGACUUUCCAUGUUUUGGAGUUCGGUGCGGAGAGAGGAGAGGGUUUGAGGAACCAGGCAGGAUUUAACACCAACAUGUCCCAGGAUCCUGAGAAGGUCAAUAUGCCUCGUCCUGAACUAUUUGAUUUCCAUGGCGUCUCGAUGACUCGUUUAUUCACGGACAACUGGGAAGAAGUCCAAAACUUUGAGGCCAGACCAGAUGAUAUACUCAUUGCAACAUACCCCAAAGGAGGUACCACGUGGGUCUCCUACAUCUUGGACCUGUUGUAUUUUGGUCAGACGUGUCCAGAGCGUCAGACGACCAUCCCGAUCUUUGAGAGAGUUCCAUUUUUGGAGAUCUUCGUCCCAAACCUCAUUUCAGGAAAAGACCAGGCAGAAAAUCUUCCCACCACCCCUCGACUCAUCAAAACCCACUUUCCUGUCCAGUUUGUGCCAAAGUCCUUUUGGGAGCAGAACUGCAAGGUGGUCUAUGUGGCCCGCAAUGCCAAGGACAACAUGGUGUCUUAUUUCUACUUUUCCUGCAUGUCCCAGCUGCAACCUGAACCUGGAGAUUGGAGCAGCUUCUUCCAGAAAUUCUUGGAGGGAAAUUUGCCGUAUGGUUCCUGGUACGACCAUGUGAGCGGUUGGUGGAAAAAGAAACUGACGUAUCCAAACCUCCAUUAUAUGUUCUAUGAAGAUUUAUGUGAGGACACUGGGCGAGAAAUAGACAAACUCAGCUCCUUUCUGGGCUUGUCUCCUUCGGCUGACCUUAAAGAACAAGUUGCCAGUGGAGUGCAGUUUCACAACAUGAAGAAGAAUCCGAUGACUAAUUAUUCCACAUUCCCAGCCAUGGAUUUCAAGAUUUCUUCCUUCAUGAGAAAAGGGAAAGUUGGUGACUGGAAAAAGCACUUCACUGUGACCCAGAAUGAAGCUUUUGAUGAAGACUACAAGAAAAAGAUGAKGGAUCCCACUCUGCAGUUUCGCAACGAGAUUUAAAGAGUCUUUA